AAUCACAAGCUAAUCAUGACUAUUCCUAAUACUACUGAAAUUACCUCGUUUACAAACCCUGCUCUUGGACCAUUACCCACUUCAGCACCAGAACUAGCUACUAGUGUGCUUGAUUUAUUUCUGCUUAAGGGCAAAGUAGCAUCAGUUACUGGAUCCUCUACUGGUAUAGGGUACGCUGUGGCAGAAGCUUUUGCACAGGCAGGUGCCGAUGUUGCAAUUUGGUACAACAAUCAUCCUGCAACCGAAAAGGCUGAAAAAUUGGCUAAAAAAUAUGGCGUUAAAUGCAGGGCAUACAAAUGCAACAUUUCCAAUGCUGACGAUGUUGAUCUGACGAUUAAGCAGAUUGAGCAAGAUUUUGGAACGAUUGAUAUCUUUGUUGCCAAUGCUGGUGUGGCUUGGACUUCUGGUUCCAUGGUUGAUGUGGACGAUAAUCAUGAAAGUUGGCACAAGAUUGUCGACUUGGAUUUGAAUGGAGUAUACUAUUGUUGUCAUUCAAUAGGGAAAGUAUUCAAGAGGAAAGGAAAGGGUUCCUUGGUUAUUACUUCAUCAAUGUCGGGCCUGAUUGUCAAUGUUCCACAGCUACAGGCUCCUUAUAAUGCUGCUAAGGCUGCUGUAAAACAUUUAGCUAAAUCGUUAGCAGUUGAAUGGGCUCCAUUUGCUAGAGUCAAUAGUAUAUCUCCAGGAUAUAUCACUACUGAUAUUUCUGAAUUCGCCGAUCCUGAAAUGAAGGCAAGAUGGUGGCAAUUAACUCCUUUGGGGAGAGAGGGAUUGCCACAAGAAUUAGUAGGAGCUUACUUAUACUUAGCCUCCAAUGCCUCUACAUUUACUACGGGAGCCGAUCUCGUUGUGGACGGUGGAUACACUGCUCCAUAGAAGCCGUUUAAUAGAUAUAUAUAUAUAUAUGUAAUACUACUAUAAUAAACUGAGUAAAUAAACAAACAUGUAAAUGCUAGAAAAUAACAUCGUCUUCAUUCUCCUUUAAUAAAUCGUCAUCUCCAUUAGCCAAGGCUAAUUUUUCAACUUCUUGAGCAUCAUUAGUUAUUUCUUCAUUAGAAGUGACUCUUGUAAUCUUAGAAAGUUCAGCGCCAGCUGCAAUUGCUGCUUCUUGAGCUGCUUUUUCUUCGGCUUCAGCAGCGGCGGCAGCUUCUUGUUUCUUUUCUUGAACCUUUUUCAAUCUAUAAAAUUCUUCUCUAUCCAAUUCAUCCAAUUCGGAAUUAAUAUAAGAAAUAGUGUUUUCAGUUCUUGGAAUAAUAACAUGUUCAAUGGCAUUAACUCUUCUAUUAGUAACCUUGAUAACCUCAUCCAAAAUGAUAAAAGCAGUUUGCAAUGAAGCCAAUUCAACUAAUGUUUCCACAGCCUUGGUGUAAACCAACUUAGCUCUUUGAACUUGUUGACCACCUCUACCUAACCCAGUCAAUUUGAAAUCAUUAAUAUCUUCAUUUAUAUAACUUUCAAAGGUUGGUAAGUAAACACCGGAAACAUUUUCUUGCUUUGCCUUGACUUGAAAUCUUGCACGUUGAACGGAUUCUUGGACUUGAUAAGAAAUAUUUUCACCAGUAGCAUAAGAAACUUCUGCUAAGGAGAAUGCAGCAGUUUGCAUAACACGGCCCAUCUUUCUCUUAGCCUCAUCAAUUCUUUGGGUAAUGUCUCUGAAUCUUUUCGUUAAUGCUUCCGAUUUUCUUUUCAAAAGGGAAUGUCCUUGUUGGGCUCCCUUAAGUUUACCCUUCAUUAACCCUAAGGUCAUACGAGUAGGGAAAACUUGUUCACGAUUACCUGCACCGGACAUUGUUUGUUGUUGUUAGUCCAAUUGAUUGUGAAGAAGGGAGUGAUGUGUCGAAUGGUU